CAAGUGCACUUUAGUUGCUAUAGUAUCGUGUUUUUGAAAAGGUAUGAACUAUGAAUGUGCAAACUGUUCAUUGCAGAAGCAGGAAAUUCUGCAACGACUUCUCGGAGACCAGCCGGUAGCAGGCAGCUCAGCCGAUGUAGAGAGGGAGGAGCAGCCUGUGACGUACGACAUGCCCGACCACACAGUUACUGUGACCAACCUUGAGAGUUGCGACCUCUAUGGGGACAUCCACAUUGGCAACAACCAGGCAGCCGAUGAGGACCAAGAUGGAAUCACCGACGAGAUUGAGAAGGGUCGUACCACAGACAGCGAUAAGCAGAGGCUGAAGGCCCUGGACCGGAAGAUGGGUGACUGCAGCAUCCAGCUUCGUGCAGCACUGCACAAAGACAAGAAGGAGCGGGGAAAGAUGCGUCGCAUCAAACUUCGCAUUACCAAGAAGGCCAAGCUGGCACGCACACACCGGCGGUAGAGAUGAGCUCACCUUACUGUACAUCGUAAUCCACCGCACUGUCUUGAAAUAAACAUG